AUGUAUCAAUCCCAACAUCAUACCGCGGUCAAGAAUCUCGUAGAAGAUAUGCUCGAUCGCAUGGGUGGCCAGGAAGGACUCCAGGGAGAGUCUGCAGACGACGAGAAUUCCGCCAUGAUUGACCAGUCGCGCGCUGCGGCGGUGACUCUCGGAAGGUUGCCUAUUGAUGUUUCUGAAAAGCCAUGUGACGUACGGGACUUAGCUUCUACAGAUCCAAUCAGCGGGUUCUGUGAUGCCGUCGCGACAGUUUCCCUGCCCAACUUCGUUAGCAGCCAGUCCUCUCCAGCUCUCCGACGUGCUGCGGAAACUUUUGCCCUGGUCCAUAAAGGAGCGGCGCGGAGAGAAGUGGCAUAUUACCAUGGCGUCUGCGAUGUUGCUGCUUCAAACCGUCAGUUUGCGGCUGCACAGAACCUAUUCCACGGCAAUGUCCGAUCUGCGGGGAUCGUCUCCGGAACGAAACUUGACACUGUGGACCUAAGUAUGCUCUUAGCUCCUCCUGCAUCCAACGGGAGAUCACAUCGACUACCGGAAGUGACGUUAAAGUCGAAGCACAUUACGCGCCCACCGUCUCUUCCUCCGUCUGCUUCCGCAGAUACCAAGGAUGGUGCUAGUGUUGAUGGCAGUGGCAUAUCGGCUAGCUCGAACAGGGUCUCCUCGUUAGAGCUCCCGCUUCUGUUCGCGAACCACACGCCGCCGGAGAAGGCUAUCUCUCAUGUGGGAGAACACCAGCACCGGAUGUGUGCGGCAUCUGGCGCUGCAUUCUUUGGCGCCAUGGGGUUCAGUAACAUUCCCGUCUUCAGCCUGGUCACAAAUGGUACCCAGGGUGUGCUCACGUGUGCCUGGGCUGAAGUCUACGAUGGCUUUCAACGCAUCAGGAUUGCAGAACGCAACGGCGUCUUGUUCGACCUUGCGAACCCGCUAUCAGCGUUCCAUUUCGCAACCUUCCUUCGGUCACCACCUCCUGCCACGCGCAGGACUAUGAACAUUAUAAUGCGGUCUCCAGCCAUACAUCCAAGGCGCCCUCCGCACUUUGAGCGAGAACGCAUGCUCGUCGGGCCGCUUGCGAUGCGCCUCGGGGAGGGUCAUACCGAGGUCGUCGUACUCCUCGUCGUACGGGACGUUAUCGUGGUAGCAUUUCUCGUCGGUGCAGUCAGGAAGGCAACUUCGGUCCUCUCCCUCGACUUCCCCGUCUGGCAUGAUGGUGACCGGCACGAGCGGAUCGGCUCUGAAAGCGGCGUUUCCAGCGCGUAG